AUACCAGAAGCAGCAGCAACAAAUUUUUAUAAUAAAGAAGAAGAAAUGUUGGAUGGUAGCGUUGCAGCGACUGAAGUAACUAGUCCAUUUUUAUUAAUGUUAUGGGGACAUGGUGGUUGGCUUUGAAGAAAUUAGUGGUGUGUUUUCAAAGCCAAAUUUAUAGUGAAUGGGCAAGUAUCCAUACCUCAAAAUCAAUUUUACGCAGUGUUUUAGGUACCCACUGAACGUCGACUGCAACUCUCUACUUUGUACUUCCUAUAUAGAUCGAUCUUUGCUUGGUGUAGUGUAAAUUCUCUGUUUGAAGAUAUGGAAGAAGCGAUUGUUUCGGCGAUCUUGGAGCAGAUGACUGCAAUCACCAUUAAUAAAGCAAUCGAAGCCGGGAGUCUGGUGCAAGGUGCUGAGAAAGAGGUGGAAAGGCUUGAAACCAAUUUUAAAGCACUCCGGUUGGAGCUUGAAGAUGCAGAGGAGAAAGAUUACGUGGACGAACGGGUUAAACUAUGGUUAGACAAGUUCAAAGAUGUUUCUUAUGACAUGGAAGAUGUAUUAGAUGGGUGGGAAACUGCAGUUCAGCAGUUGCAAACAGAUCCUUCUGGCUGUGCUUCUGUUCGUAAGUAUAAGGUAUGCCCCUUCGUUUCAUGCUUUUCUUCCGGUUCUCAAGUUUCCAGGCGUUAUAAUAUUGCUACCAAAAUAAAGGAAAUCAAUGAAGAAGUAGAUGAGAUUGUUGAAGACAAAUUAAAGUUUGAGUUGAUACAAAGAGAAAUUAAGCAACUCAAACGUCCAGAAACUACUACUUUUGUGGUUGUUUCAGAGUUAAUUGGUCGAGAUGCAAUGAAAGAAGAGAUAAUCAGCAUUUUGCUAUGUGAAGACAAGUGUAGAAAUGUUCCCACUAUCACUUUAGUAGGGAUGGGAGGGAUAGGGAAAACCGCUCUAGCCCAAUUGAUUUAUAAGGAUCAUAGAAUUCAGACUCAUUUCACCAAAACAAUCUGGGUUUGUGCGUCGGAUCCCUUUGAUCAAACCCAAAUUGCAAUGGCAAUUCUGGAUCAUCUUGGCCCUGAUUACUAAUAUCCCUCCCAACUCCAACAUUGCAAAGUAUUUUAAGUAAAAUAAGCGAAAAGCUUACAAGGGAGAAAUUCCUCUUUGUUUUUGACGAUGUGUGGACGGAUCGUGAUCAAGAUUGGGAACCACUAAAAGCGGCUUUUAAAUACGGCAUGCCUGGGAGUAGUAUUUUAGUUACUACUGAUAAGGAAUCAGUUGCUAGGCGAAUGGAGUCGCUUCAUGUUUUUCGUCUAAAACUUUUAUCGGAGGAAAUGUGUUGGUUGAUACUUUCUCAAAAAGCAUUUACCGGAAGGAGCCAAGCGAGCCGUGAAAUUUUGGAAGACAUUGGAAGGAAGAUUGCAAACAAGCGUCAAGGUUUACCGCUUGCAGCAAAAACUUCGGGAGUUUUACUACAAGAUAAACAAGGAAGAGAAGAGUGGCAAAAUGUUUUAAAUAAUGUGAUAUGGAAAUAAAGUUUUGCACAUGAAAUUUUUUCACCUCUAUUAUUGAGUUAUUAUGAUUUGCCCUCACCCAUAAGGCAAUGUUUAUCAUAUUGUGCAAUCUUUCCUAAUAGCAAUACAAUAUAUAAAGAUGAAUUGAUCCAAUGUUGGAUGGCACAAGGUUAUCUGAACUCUGAUGACGACAGAAGAAGAGAAUUGAUAGGGGAAGAUUAAGUACUUAGCCACACGUUCUUUUUUCCACGUUUUUGAAAAAAAUACUUCUGGCAGCAUAAUUUCUUGUAAGAUGCAUGAUAUGGUACAUGAAUUUGUUCAGUUUUUAACUGAACAUAGAUUUGUGACAGAAGAGGUGCCUAGGAAUUCUACAUUGGACAUGUCGUCCAAAAGAGUUCGCCAUUUGAGGUUGGUAAUUCAAAGUUGGGACUCUUCUCCUUUGUCCAUUCGUCGCAUAGAGAAAUUGCGAAGCCUUGUAGUAGUCUCCGAUGAUGAAACAUCCGGUGAUGCCCUACAAGAUUUGCUCAGCCGAUCCAAGCUUCUAAGGUUCUUGGAGUUUGAUUCGCUUCAUCUACGCCCUGAACAAAUUGCUGGUGGCGUGAAAAAUUUGAUUCACUUGAGGUACCUUAGCUUGAUUUCUUGUUCGGGGUUAGAAAAAUUACCUGAAUUAAUCAGUUUGUGAGUUGAUUAAUUUACAAUCUUUGAAUCUUCGAGGUUGCUUGGAUCUUAAGAAACUGGCAGUUGGAAUGGGGAAACUGAUUAACUUGAGGUAUCUUUGUAUUAACGAAUGUCCUUGUCUGAGUUACUACCCUAAAGGGAUACGUCAUUUAACCUCUCUCACGAGAUUAAGUGCUAUCAAAGUGAUGGUGAUAUAUUCAGUAUUGAGGAUCUUGAAAAUUUAGACCUCCUGAGUGGAAACCUUUGUGUUGAUUUGAUAGGAGAUGCACUAAAUUGGGAUGAAGCUAAUAGAGCCAAGCUUCACAAGAAAAUACAUCUCAAGAGGACUGAUAUAUGGAUCUGCUCACCGAAUAUAAAGUAAGAAGAGGUAUUUAAAGCUUUAAACCCACCAUCCACCUUGCUUGUAGAAUUGUUCGAUUACAAGGAGUGGUUGGACUUCGAUUGUGCUCGCUUUAUGAGGAUAAAAGUGAAGGAGAAGAUGCAGGAGAAGAUGAACUGGAUGAAGCUGCAAUACCUUUGGUGGCCAAAUUAUGUUCUUGAUUUUAUAGGGCCGCUAGAACCUCCGGAAGUAGGAAGAGUACAAGUGAUUGAAAAGAACCAAGAAACUAGGUAAAAACUUUGAAGCUUUUGCGUCAUCAAGUUCUCCAUGAAAUGGCAGUUACUAUUCCAUUACUCAAUAGUCCUACUAUAUGGUGAAUGGUAGUGAGUUCGAACAAUUUUUUUUGUAGCGAUAAUGUCAACUGAGAGAGGUGAUCUUGAUGGUAAAAAGUAGACAUGAAGAAAGAUAUGUUCAAUUCUAGGUAUUUACGGUUCUUAAGGGGAAGAAGAAAACAAAUAAUUAGUGUAGUUGUUCAAAAAUCUGUAAGAAUUUGUGUGCUUCCUGCCACUUUUAGAUUGUGGUAUGGUUUCGCCAACAUUUUGUGUUCAGUUAAUUUUUUUUUAUAGUAAUUUAUAGAGUAAAAAAUAAAAGCUCAAAAA